AUGUUUAUUUUAGUUAAUUUUCUAUAUAAAUAGUAUUUUAUUUACUAAGAUUAUCAAUAUAAUUAAUCCUUUAAUAUUAAAUAACUUACUUAUGCAAUUCUAAUAAGAAUAAGUAUUUAAACUAGAUCUAACUAAUCGAAGAUCAUAAUCAAAGGGUAUUUAUAAUCAUGCUUAAAAAUAAACUUAAGGAAACAUUAUUAAUUGAUAAUUAAACAAGGACACUUUAAUAAAAAAAACAAGAAAAUAUUUUUGAUUCAAUCUUAGAGGAUAUAAAUUUAAUUUCAAGAAAUAAACUAUUAGAAAAGAAUAUAUUAACUAAAGGAAUUAGGAUUAAUUAAAUAAUUUGAUUCAACUAUAACCAUUUAAUAAGGGUUUAAGAAAGUAAUUAUAUGUUAUGAAUGAUUAUCAGAAUAAAAGUACAACGAAUGGUUAUUCGAGAUAUUAUGGAGGAUUGUUUUACGAUAGAUGA